AACCCACCUUGAUACUUGCUCAACUACCAAACAAACAUCCAUUCAAUCAUGUCCACCACUGUUGUUCCAAUUACAUGGCCAAAGCUUGAACCAUCAAAACUAUCUACGGUGCUCACUGUUGCAGGCUCUGACUCUUCAGGUGGAGCUGGUAUUGAAGCUGAUAUUAAAGCAAUCACUGCAAAUGGUGCUUAUGCCUUGACUGCAAUCACUGCUUUGACUGCUCAAAAUACAAAAGGUGUUGAUAGUGUUGUUUACACUGAUAAAACUCAGUUUGAAAAAAUUUUGAAUGCUAAUUUUUCAGAUAUAGAUAUUGAUGUUGUAAAGACUGGUUUAUUGACUGUUGAUGCAAUUGAUGUGUUAGCUGAUUUUGUUUCUAAAUACCACGUUGGUAAACCUUUUGUCAUAGAUCCUGUUCUUGUUGCAACUUCAGGUGCUACACUGGGUAAAAAAGAAGUGUUAUUAAGAGCAAUUGAUAAAUUAAUUAAAAAGGCCACAUUAUUAACUCCAAAUUUCAUUGAAGCCAAAGAAAUUUUAAAACAUUUGGAUUUAGAUUUUGAAGUUGAAAACUUAGAAGACUUGAAAAAAGCUGCUAAAAUAAUCCAAUCCAAGACUGGAGUUGUUAGUGUGUUAUUGAAAGGUGGUCACAUCCCAUGGAACUCACAAAAUAAAGUUGCAAAAGAAGGUGAAGAAGCUAUAAUCACUGACGUUUUGUAUCACUCUGUUGAUGAUUCAUUCACCGUUUACGAAUCAGAUUUCGUCAUUACUGAAAACACACAUGGUACAGGAUGUACUUUAGCUUCAUCAAUUAGUGCUAAUUUGGCUAAAGGGUAUGAUGUUAAGCAUGCCAUAGAUUCAGCAAUAAGAUAUGUUCAUGGUGGUAUCGUUGCAGCUUCCAAGAUUGGACAUGGUAACGGUCCUUUGAAUCAUGUUUAUCAUAUUGUCUCCACCCCAGCAUUAACACAUAGUUUAAGUACCUUAUUUCUUGAAGGUCAUUUCGUUGACUUCUUGAAAUCACAUCCAACUGUUACUCCAAUAUGGGAUAUGUACGUGAAUCAUCCAUUUGUUGCCCAAGUUGCCAAUGGUUCAUUACCAAAACAUAAGUUUGUUCAUUUUCUGAAACAAGAUUAUGCAUAUUUAAUCAACUAUGCUCGUGUUCAUUCUUUAGCUGCUAGUGUUGCCCCAGAUAUUGGAUGUAUUCAAAGGGAAGCUGGAAUUUUGGAGAAUAUUGCACAUGAAAUGAAAUUACAUGUUGGUAAAUUAGCUAAACAUGGUAUAACUGAUUUAACCUCAUUGAAGCUAAGUCGUGCAGGUAAAGAGUAUGCUGAUUACUUGAUGGCUAUUGCUAAAGGGGGUGACUGGUUUGAAAUUAAUGUCGCAAUGGCACCAUGUUUAUUUGGUUAUAGUGAAGCUGCAUUCAAUGCUGAAGUUACUGUCGGUGAAGGUGAAUAUCUUGAAUGGAUUAAUGAUUACAAAUCUGAAGGGUAUUCAGAUGCUGUGGAAUUGGGUAGAAUCACUUUAGAAAGACAUUCUAUUGGGAUAAGUACAGAUAAAGCCUUGAAAUUAGUUAAAAUAUUUGCAGAUGUUGCUUUAUUGGAGGUGAAUUUUUGGACUGACGCAUUGAACUUUGAAGAAGAAACAAAUUAAAAUCAAUACAAAU